GCCCAUGCUAGUAAGUGUGUCGCGCACGUUUAUGACAAUUUGAUUGGAGCUACACAUCCGCCGCGCCAUGUGUUGCCGCUCCAGUUGCGGCGUUAAGUCAACCACAGAAGACAACAAUAAGUCACAGCAGUGGAGUCGUGGAAGCAUGACCAAGAGCCACAACUCAAUUGCAUCAAGGCCGCGAUGCCCGACAGUCGUCAGGUGGCCAUAAGCAGCGUUACAACUAUGGAGUUCUGCAGCGUGAUGAGCACACCUGAACGCUUCGGCAACUGCUUGUCGACCCUUCAGCUGCAGGAGCUGCUCAUUUUGAAGAAAUCUGUGGAGCGCAUGGCCAGCGAAAAGAAUAGUGACCUGAACAUUGCUGACCCCCAGGAGAGUUGCAGUCGGUCCUCCACCACACCAGAGCAGCCUCAGCGCAUGGCUCUAAUGGCAGCCGAUCGUGGGGAUCAUCAUCCACCACACAGUGGUAGCGGUAUGGGCGGUUCCUGGGAAAGCGAUCACCAUGCGCCCGCUUGGGUCGAGCCGAAACCCUCUAAGCUGCAAACACUUUUCCAAAUCAGUAUUACGGCCCUAGCAUUUCUCUCUUUUGGCGGCUACUUGCUUUGUCUCAUCGUUCAUGCUAUCAAGAGCAAGGGGACCACAUACUUUCAUCCGGUGGCCACCGCCGCCGCCACCACAACUAAUGGCAAUGUGAAGCGCAUCAAGAUAUAUAGACGGAGUAAGCGACAGGCAGAUGCCAGGCACCGGUUGCUGCUACAGGACUAUGCGACGUACAUGAGGGCAGUACGUGACAAACCAAGCUGGCCUAUG